CACAGAAAUAUGCAGGAUGCGAAGGUUGCAGAAGACAGAGUCAGCAGUCUGAGUCAGACAGCUGGAACAAUGAAGAUGAUGAUAUGCCCCACAGGAUUUCCAUCCUACCUAGAAGCAGAGCCUUCGUUUCUGAAGAUGAACUGAUUCACUUAAUUAAUUUUAAACCAUCACUGACAGGAGUAUGUCCAAGGACUGGCAUUAGAGGUCUUAUUCGAGGCCUUCAGUCACGGAUUGAGAAUCAAGAGGUGUUGAAAGAGUUCAUGGAUUUAGAACAUGUGAAACCAACAGAUGACUGCAGAACUGGCAAAGCACAAGAAAACAGGGAUAAAAACAGAUAUCAAGAUAUUCUUCCAUAUGAUAAGACACGAGUUCCUCUGGGAGAAAACAAUGGCUACAUUAAUGCAAGUUAUAUUAGAAUGAAAGUUGGAGAAGAGGAACAUUUCUAUAUUAUAACCCAAGGGCCUUUGCCUUCCACCAUGGCGGAUUUCUGGCAGAUGGUUUGGGAGAGUGAGUCAGAUGUGAUUGCCAUGAUGAUGAAAGAAGCGGAGCUAGGAAAAGUGAAAUGCCAUCGAUACUGGCCUGAACCUCCACAUGACUCCAUAGACUUGGCUAACUUCCAUCUCAGGCUAGACAGUUACCAGAUUCUGGAAUACUUCGUAGUUAGAAUAAUAGAAAUGAUCAACAAGCAGACAGAAGAAAAGCGAAUUAUAAGGCAUUUGCAGUUUACCACUUGGCCAGACCAUAGUACUCCCAAACUGGCUGAGCAGCUUGUAAAAUUUAUUUGCUACAUGAGAAAAGCUCACAGGACAGGACCUAUUGUUGCUCACUGUAGUACUGGGAUUGGAAGAAGUGGAGUUUUGCUGUGUGUUGAAAUUCUGCUGAGCUAUAUAGAAAAAGAUCUAUGUUUCAACAUUAAGCACAUAGUGAGAGAUUUGAGAGAGCAGCGUUUUGGCAUGAUCCAAACUAAGGAUCAGUAUCUAUUCUGUUAUGAAUUUGUUCUGGAAGUCCUUCAGAAACUUCAAGCAAUGGAUUCCUAUUGACUGCAACAUGUCUCUUCCCUGUUGUUAUCCCCCUUGGACUCCA